AUGCAAUGGGUGAGGAAGCCAUGGCACUGGCCAUUGUCGGUCAGUGUCGUUGCAACGCUGCUACACCUUCUGGGCAGCUUGGAAAGCGUAUCAGGGGCCACAAAUCAGCAUGACGUGAAAAUCACUGCAGCAUCGCUCCGGGCUAACGCAAAAGGCACGCCGCGCCAUUCCAUGGGCUAUGCGUUUACGUGUUACUCCCCCACCUCACCGGAACAAGCUCCAUCGACGAGUGAUGUGGCACAGAUAUUCGAUUCGAGCGUGGCGUUUCUAACGGAUCCACGUCGAAUGCUGCUUAGCAACGACCUACUGCUCUGUGAAGUUCCACUCACAGAUGAAUGGGGCCAAACACACACGCAUAUUUACGCCAUGUUGGGUUCUGUCAUGGUACCUCAUGAGAGGUUAACAGCGCUGCGUGACGAGCAUGUUUUACCGCGCGCGUCUCAUCGCGUUCAAGAGGUCGAUAUUGCCAAAGCUGAAUCAAGCCACCUCGACAACGCUCGCAGCGACGAUCCGCUGCUUAGUUUUGACGAGUGGAAAGAGCAACAUCUAGAACGCAAACGCAAGUCGAGGAAAAACGAAAAGGUGCGUGAGCGGGCGGCCCAGCAAUCAACUACAUCUUCACAGCGCUCCUUUGAGCAAGCUGCUACGCCUGCAAGUUCGACAUCGUCGGGUGCCGGCAUACCGCGUGCCACUUCGUCGGAAUCGACCAUCGCUACGGGUGGGCUAGUGAACGAUACUACCGUAAAGCAAGCUAGUAAGACCCCGGCAGCACCGCCCGAAUCAGGCGGUCCGCCUCAUAUUUACGCCGUGGAAGAUGCCACGUCUGCGCUGGCCGAACUCAAGCACCGCUGGAAUUAUGCAUCGCUGGACUGUGCCGCGAUGAUGCACCAGGCCAAUCCGCUCGCCAAAUUCGCACACGCAAUAUUGAGCGAGAAAAAAGACAAAUACAUGCUAUCGCCGUGUCCCCAGUCAGCUACUCACCCGGGCGAUCGCGAGUCGCGCCCGGCCCAGCAGUUUGUGGUCAUCGAACUCUGCCAGCAGAUUCGUGUAGAUACGAUUGUGUUGGCGAAUCUUGAAUUUUUCAGCAGCAUGUUCAAGGUGUUUACUGUGCGUGUCGCGCGGUCAUUGCACGCACCACCCGAUGAAUGGCAUACGCUGGGCAUGUUUCAUGCGCGCAAUGCGCGUGGGUUUCAAGUGUUUCAGGUAUCUGACGCACCGCUGUCCUACUUCCGAUUCCUGCGCAUCGACUUUUUGGAACACUAUGGCACGGAGUAUUACUGCCCUGUGAGUCUUCUUCGUGUCUAUGGCCGUAACGAGCGUGAGGAUGCUGAUGAUGAUAUUUUGAACGACAUCGAUGAUGAUGACACGACAGAAGACGAAGACGCCACCCCAUCGACCGAGCCAAUCUUGGAACUCACAAGUACACAUGCCUUGGUGGACGAUCGCGUCGUAGAACGCGCAUGUGUCCGCGAGCCAUUCCCCGGUGUUUGGCGCUCUGUAUGUGAGCGUGUUGAGCCUGUCGUGCUUCCUACCCCGCCAGCGCUCAUCCAGACGCCGUCGACAGCGUUGCCACCCACCUCGCAUACGUGCCAAGUGACUCAGACGCUGUCAGAAGCUAGAGAUGUCCGCGUUCCGGCUCCAUUUGUGAUGGAAUUGGCGCCUCGUACGUGUGCACUGCCAUCGCCACCUACGCCUGAUGUGUCACGACGGCAUGCGACUGCCACGAACUCAUCCGUCGAGGCCAAGAAACAGACGUCGGACUCCAAAGCGAAGCCCAAGCCCAAUCAAAAGCCGGCCGGAGAUACCAAGGCGGGUGGUAGUGAGUCUAUCUACCGCACCAUUACCAAGCGACUCUCGGCUCUCGAAUCCAACACAAGCCUGAGCAUGCAGUAUUUGCAGCUCAGUAGUCAAAAAAUGCGCGAAAAACUCAUGGUGUUGGAACAGAUGCAAGAAACACGACUCGCUGAAUUCUUCGCUGCCAUGAAUGCGAGUCAUGGACGCGCUUGGGAGGACAAAAUUGAGCGACAAAACAUCGCGUUGCAACGCGUUCUCCAAGCUUUCGAGUCGCAGCGCCUCCAGUACGAGAAUGAGCAAGCACUUCUUCUCGCACGUGUCGAACACCUUACUAGCAGCGUCCGUUCUCAGAAGCGAUGGGGCACGGUACAGCUACUACUCUCGCUGAUGCUGCUUAUGAUACUAGCCUUCACUCGUGGUACCACCAACGUGGCCACGGUGGCUGGCGUCACCGAAUACCCGCCUUAUUUCGUACCUGACCCGCCGUCUAGUACGGCAACACCUGACGCAUGCGACCACUGGGAAGAAUCGCAUGAUGUGCUCGCUCGGCGCGAGCCUGUCACACUGACGCCAAGACCAGUUUCGUCCAUCAAGUAUGCACGUCGGCGAUAUGCUACACCCUCGCCACGUGUACGACGAACUCGGAGGCCGCUUGGACGUCUUGAUACCCAAAGCCACGAAUCGGCACCUGAACGGACCGACAAAGAAAAUGCUCCAUAA